GCAAAUGCCGACAUCAAAGGAAAUUUAUAAAUUCUCGGGUCGAUUUUAUAUUACAUCAUCGCAAAAUAAGAUAACCAGAUUUCCAGCCCCAAAGAUAGUUCUUGACGAAUCAAAUAACAUCUCACCACGCGAAUAUUGGGAGUCGCUGCGAUGUCAAUUAUGGAAUUCGCUUUCAUCGCAAAGCAGGGCAGCUUUUACUUGGCCUCCGUCAGGAGAAAUUCCAAAGAGCGAAAAAGAUUCGUUCAAAUGUUUGAAGUUGGAUUCAAUGUUGAACAGUACAAAUUCUGUUAAUUCUUCUGAGAAAAUCUUGCAUGAUUUGGCAUUUGAGAACUUUUGUAUUUUGAUAUUCAAAGCAAACGAAGUUAUGAGGUUUGACUACGAAGCAUUUCCACCGAAAAGAAUAAUCUACAAUUUUGAUGAUGAGGAAGACGUUUGGGAAGUUGAAGAGGCAAAUCCAUGA